AUGGAGAGCUCAAGUGAUAAAUGGGCUCAACAAUAUCUAAUCGAUCCUCUCAAUGCUCCUCAGCCGAGCGAAGAAACAGGUCCCGGAAGCCAUUUCAAAUCUUCCAUUCCACACACCCAAUCUAGCAGUUUCGGACGAAACAAUUCCACCAAGAAAACCGCCCAUUCAACCGUGUCAUCCUACCCAACGCCUCCCUCCUCAGCUAGUCCCACCAAAUCGUCCUUCAGCUCCAACAAUCCCUAUUCAUCUCAUCGCCAAUCGGCUUUUGGCGGCUACUCCAAAUCCAACAGUGGAAGUCUCCGCAACAGUCUCGAAGAACCUGUGAGCGAUAAUGACAAAGGACGUCGACGAGGAAGUUCACUAGGUGAACGCUAUCCUGGCGACAUGUCUCACAGACCUCUCGAUCAACUACGUCAAGAGACCAAAACCGCAUAUCGAUCUCCGCAUCUCCGUAAGAAGCACAUUCCAGGUGCCGAUACCAUUGAUUCUCUCGAUCGUACUGCCAUCGGUGGUGCGUAUCAUCAUGGAGGCCCUUAUGAUGCUACAUUGAUGGCGCGUAAUACAAGCUACAAAAAUUCCCCCGUAGCAGCGGUUGCGGAAUCGAACGCGGAAGCCAUUAGAGCUACCCCGAGAGAAAACAUUCAAGAUAGUUUGGAGAGACAUAUUCCAUUAUCAGGAACAGCUGUGAUUCCCCCAGGAAUGCCGGGUCCGGAUGGUAGAAUCAUGAACUAUGAAGAAGGUGCGGAUUUGAUGAGGGAACCUGAUGCUGCUGGUGGUGCAUACAAGAGAUGGGAUCAUGUGAAAUACCUCCCCGAAGACUACAAAGGCAAAGGCGAACCCUCCUUCACCAUCGAAAAAGCCCUCAAAGACCACAAACGCGCCCAAAAAUCUCACCGUCGCAACAUGUCGGACGGAAACUCCGCCUACGAAAUGCAAUCCCAAUCCUCCUCAUCCGCAUCAGGAUCGAGUCUCCGCCCUCCUCCCACAAACCGCCAACGAAGCGCAAGCGGAGGUAACCUCACAAGCGGCGAUGGCAAAAACAUGACGACCACGAGCGGAAGAGCAAUGGAGACGGUAGACUUCUCAAAUGAUGACGCGGGCGUAGGAAGCAGCCGAAGUAACGGGGCGGGAAAAUCGCACAAGAUGGGCGAGGGUCUCAAGAGAAGAUUCGGGAGCUUGAAGAGGAGUUUGAAGGGGAGUGAGAAUUAG